AUGGCUCCGUUCGGGAAGAGUUUCCUCAAAGCCAGAAUCAAACAGCGGUCUAAAGAGGCAGAACCGACGGAGGGUAAGGAAAUCCAGGUCACUGUUUGUGGAGACGAGAAGUCUGUCUGCGGCGUCACCAAGCGGACCACGUGUCUGGACAUGAUCCAGGCCCUUCUGGAUGACCACAAGUCCAUCCCUGAGGCCAAACGCCAGCUCCAUGGAGACCCCAAAGACUUCUGCCUGGUGGAGCGCUGGAAGGGCUUCGAGAGAGCCAUCCCUCCACUCACCCACAUCCUGCGCCUGUGGCUGGCCUGGGGAGAGCAGAGGCCUUUUGUGCGCUUCGUCCUGGUUAAAACGUCAGACUUUGUUGCGGCGCCGGUGAAGAAAUGUGCGAAGCCGAAGGGAGCCAGGCCCAAACGGCACGAGCAGACCCGUGCACCGCAGUCUCUACCGGCGGAGAAGCAGAAACGGGUCGUUCGGAAAGCCUUCAGGAAGCUGGAGAAGCUGCACAAGGAGAACAAAAGCAGCUCUGAGGAUGUGGACAAGAUGGUGCAGCUCAUUCUCCAGCAGGAUCACGCCAUUCGAGAGCAGAUCCAGCGCAUGCAAGAUUUAGACUCGGAGCUUGAGCGAAUGACGCAUCUUCAGGACGGGUUUGAAGGCUGGACUUCUGAUGUGGACGAGCAGGUCAACCGACUAGUGUACACAAGCGACGGCAUCGAACAGCUCGAAACGCAAGUCCAGAUGCAUCAGCUGCUAAUACUGGAGCUGUCCCGAGAGAUCGACAAAGAACUGAGGAAGGAAAACCAGCAGGAGGCCGCGGAGGACGAAGGAGUGCACGCAGCAGAACUGGAACGGCUUCAGUCAGAGAUCAGCCGGAGCCUAUUUGCCGGAGUCUCUUUGCAGAAUCAGGUCAGCCAAAUGGACUCGCAGCUCCAAAAGCUCGAGUCGACGCUAGUGUUGAAGGAUGAUGAGUGUUGGCAGCUGGCGUCGCAGCUGAAUCAGCUCCAGAUCGCAGACCGUGGGGAGGAAAAAGCCUUUUUUCUGGAGGCGGUGAAAGGCAAAGGAGAGCUGCGUCUGUGUGAGCUGACCGACACGGACUCGGACACCGGGAUCAGCUCCACGCACAGCCAGGAUUCACUCUCUCCCGGUCUGGAUUUCCCUCCGCCUUUGGACAGCGACGUCUAG